UCAACUGGGCCGAGACGACCAAAAAGCUUUGUAAUUUUAUUUUGUUUAGCCUAGUCGGUCUUUCAAAUAAAUGAUUACAUAAGUCAAGAAGUUUGCAAUGUAAGCGUGGUUUUAUGUUGCGCAUCGUCUCUUGUAUUGAUCAGUGCUGUUGAAAUAAUUUUAACUCAAGAUAAGUCUUUUAAAUUUAGUGCUGUGAAUUUGUGAUAACCAAGUCCUUUGUUUACAAAUGAGUAGAUCUAGUUCACGCGAAGGGUCCAUAGGCUAUCAGUCCACUAGUUCUUCAAGAGAUCCCAUAUGGACAAGAGUGGCAAAUGAUCCAGCAGGGGACAGAACAUCUUAUGGAGAAUCUAUUGAAGCCCUUCCUCCUGAAAAACGUGAAAUAUCAACAGGACCAGAUGGUGGUCUCAAUGUCAUUUCCGCCGCAAUCUUUGUGGCAGGUGAGAUGGCAGGGAGUGGUAUCCUGGCCGUACCAAAGGCUGCUGUGGACUGCGGAUGGAUAGGUCUGGUGCUGGUGGUGGUGUUCUGUGUCAACGCUGCCUACGGAGGCACCAGACUAGGUCACUGCUGGGCCAUUCUAGAAGAAAGAUACCCAGAGUACCGAGGACAAACUCGCAACCCCUACCCGACCAUAGCCUACCGCGCUGUAGGACCAUGGGGCAGUAUGCUGGUUUCUGGCUGUCUACAGUUUACUCUGUUCGGAGCCGCCAUUGUGUAUCUGUUGAUGGCUGCAGAGAUAGUUCAAGAGUUACUGCAAGAUCUCAUCCCCCAGGUAAACUACUGCAUCUGGUUUCUCUUGUUUGCCAUUCUGAUAACUCCACCCAUGUGGCUGGGGUCUCCAAAAGACUUCUGGAUCGUCGGAGUAGGUGCGUUGCUGACUACGGCAAUCUCGUGUGUUCUUCUCUUCACACAGAUCGUGAUGGACGGACUUCGCCGCACAGAGCCAGUGCCUCAUAAGCCGCACUCCUUUCACGAGUUCUUCUUCUCCUUCGGCACUAUAUUGUUCGCCUAUGGUGGGGCGUCCACUUUCCCUACCAUUCAGAACGACAUGGUCCGACGGGACAAGUUCUCUGUGAGCGCAGUCAUCGGAUUUAUCGUGGUGCUGUGCCUGUACAUGCCUGUGGUGGUGGGGGGAUACUUCGUCUAUGGAGACAACAUCGAUGACAACAUCGUACAGUCAGUUAGUCGGGGGAUGUUUGUCUCGUUCGCCAACAUCCUGAUGGCCGUCCACCUCAUCCUGGCGUUCUUCAUUGUUGUCAACCCCGUUUGUCAACUCGUUGAGAACGUGUUUGAAGUGCCUCAUGAGUUCUGCUACAAGCGGUGUGUGACUCGCUCCCUGAUGGUGCUGCUCAUGGUGGUGGUGGGAGAAACUAUCCCCAAGUUUGGCAAGAUCCUUUCACUAGUCGGAGGGUCGACCAUCACACUCACUACGUUCGUGCUGCCACCGUUGUUCUACAUGCGGCUUUGCGACCAGAAGAACGUUGAGUGGCCCGAAAAGACUAUCCCUAUGCACAUGAGAGUGUACAUGUGGGAGCUGAUUAUCAUAGGGGUGGUGGGGGGAGCGUUUGCUACGUACAGCGCCGUUCAGUCGAUCUUCUCUGCGGACUCAAUCACCAAGCCAUGCUAUUGGCCGUACUAGCGAUCCCUCUUGCAACACAUUCUCAAUUCAACAAGAAUCGAGUGAGAUUUCUAGACUAUAUUAAGUAUAACAAUGAGUGGAGUGAGUUAAAAACUAAAUUAUUUUUAGAUCAAACAUCAGUAAAAGUCAAUCUUGAUCUGUUGGUCUAAUCAGUAUCAAUACUUAUUUUACUCAAAAACUCGUAAUUUGAUGGAAUUAUGUUUAUACUGAUUUUACACUUGAAAAAUGUAGAAAGAGAGUUUUUAUCUUGGUUCCGCGUCAAGCUUAUCGUAAUUGGUAAUGUUGAGGCGUAGGUACUAAUUGAAUUACAUGAUUAGUUCUAUACAAAAAACACUAUGCAGUAGUUCGCUCUCGAUAAUCGUACAAUACUUUUAUGUUCUGUUGUGCCAAUAAAUAUGAAUGUCACGGUUUGAAAACAGAAAACAAUUUCACAACGCAAUGAAAAGCAAAAAAUAUUCUUCAAGUAUAGUAACUAAAAUUUAAAAAGUGUAUUUGAAAUUCUUAUUUACUUUUGUUACAAAAAUUUAUCUGCAUAACAUAACAAGGUUUUACGUAAUUUCAUACCCGAGUCCCGAAACGGUAUGCUAACUUUGUUUUACUAAUAUAAAUUGUCAGCAGUAAUUUACUAAAUAAUAUCAAUGAUCUGUAUACUGGACAACCCCCAAACUUGACUACCUCUGAGUCCACAAAUUGGCGAGUUAAUGAGGUUUUACAUGCAAUUACACUGAUCAAUUUUAAUCAAAUAAGUAAGAAGGUCUAACAUAUAUACUGUUAUUUACUCACUCCGAUAUUUGUUAUGUAAUGGUUGCAUUUUCAAUUUUUUAAUUGAAACAUGUUAUUGUCGAUAAUUAAUUUAAGUCAGUAUUUAAUGCAUUGUCAUUUUAAAUGCAUGUGGUCUUGGUUUCAUGACAAAUAAUCAUACGCUCGUGAAUAUUGAAAAUAUAAGAAGUAUUUUAUAUUGUAAUAUUUAUUUUGUUUUUCUAUUUGAAUUAUACUAUUUUAGAACAAUAAGUAGGUAUGGUUUUAGUAUAACUGUGAUUUAAAGCUUUAGAAAUAUCUAAAAGAUGUUUGGCUUCAAAAGUUUAAAAAAAAAUACUUAAAUAAAUUAGUAUUGUCAGAUUUUACUUGGAACAAUACAUUAACUUUACAUUAUACUUUGUAUUUUCCACUUUUAAUCUAUGUUAAGAAAUACAUAGUGUUUCAAAAUGAAUAUAGUAUAAUAGAGUGAAAAUUCUUUACUGAGUGCUGUUGUUGCUGUUUUUUUAGCCAGGAUCAUUUAUUUAAAGACCAAUGAUCAGGGAUAGCUGGUCAAAUUUGAACUAUCUUUUCUCUGAAAUGAAUGCACAACCUUUUGAUUGGCAGAAGAGCACUGUAAUAACUUAUUAAUACAUUAUAAUAUAACUUCUCUAUGUAAAGCUUCAAAACAAUAUUCAUUUUGAAACACUGACGUAAAAAACCAUAAUGUGUGUUAAAGAAUUAUUGUUUUUAUGUUGUAAUCAAUGUAAUUAAUGAGUAACCUAUAUAAUGUGAUAUCUGUGAUAAUGCACUAUCUAGCAAAACUAUUCUCUGUUCAUUCUUGAUUGUAGCAAGGAAACAAAUAAUUUACAGCAGGCUACCAAUGGAGAAAUGUAUUUUUAUAUUUUAUAAUUUUGUGUUAUUGUUUGCAACACUGAGUACAAUUAGCCACUAGAAGCUUUGUAAGUUUUGCAUUAAUUUAUGUUAGAUAAUUUCAUGUAGUAUAUUUUUCCCACAAAUCUGCUUUUACUUCUAUUAUCAUAUCGUAUUAUCUCCCUCAAUAAUAAAUUGAACGAUUUUGAAAAAAAUGACUGCUUGAUUGCUAUUUAGUUCUGUAUCAACUCACUAGGAAAUUGUAUUUUUGUCUUUGUUACUUUUAUUAUCAGGGCCGUAUCUCCCUUGGCGGUUGCCAAAGGCCUCGGCCUGGGAAGGGAUAUCAUUAAGGGCUUUUUUUCUUUAAAAGUGAAUUUCACUGAUAACCUAUCAGGGGUUUGAUUUUUGAUCUGAGCUUUUAAUUCUGUGAUCAAUGAAAGCAUCUACUAAGGUUUCUGACAGAAAAUUUUACCACGAUCGCAAGAGACAAUGAUAAAACCUCCUUGACCGCAAAAGAUAUUCAUGAUUUUUGCUGCCACAGGAGACGUCCAUGAUUUUGCUGUAAUCUUGGGAGGCAAAGAUAAUGUCACUGCAAACUUGAAAAAAAAUCACGAUUUUCUCGUGACCUAAGAUUUCAUUAUCAAUUUCAUUUGUUUUUAAUUUUUUGCCGUGGUUGUAGAAGUCGUUUGGACUGAUUAUAGAAAUAAUGAAUAGUUUCCAAAGCACCCGACCCGACCUUUUUUGGCCUUAGAUCUGAACAUUUUGAAAGGUUUGUCCUACAGACCCCUAAUAUUAUUAUUAUAAAAUUAAAUGCAACUAUUUAAUUAGCUAGUCUCCUAGGCCUAUCGCUAAUCAGAUUGUCAAAAACCAUGGGUCGAGUUUAAGUAAUACUAUUUUUUAUUCUUAUCCCUCUCUAAGAAUCAGAAUAGAGGUGCCUCUCAGCUGGUGUGAGGUGCUGGGGGCCUCAUAGAUUCUACAUACGGCCCUGUCUAUUCUGCUGUGUACAGUUUAUGUCUCAUUGUUAUUUUUUCCUAUUUCUCUUGGUAUUUGAUCUAAUUUACUUCCAUAUUAGUUUAUCGGCUACUGAUGAAAACUACAUCCAAAUGCUUGUUGUUUCCAUAUGUUUCCAUUAAUUUAAACUAUAAAAAAAAGUAUAAAUUUUAUUAGUCAAAGAAUUUUCUAGGUAUAAAAGGUUUUGUUAUUAAACGUAAGAUAUUUUUUAAUUCCUUCAUAAAGUAUAAAAUAUAAAAUAAAGAGUAAGAAAAAGUCUAUAUUGACCGUUUUACAAAUAUAAUGAUUUUAAAAGAUUUUUCCAUAUUAUAGAGCUUUGUAUGACUUUUUUAAAACUACUUAGAAGUAGAAUGUUUGUAUUGUGGUUCUGGAAACUCUAAGUUUCUUGUUGUUACAACGUAAUGAAACUGAAUGCCUUACAAUGUGAUGAGUCAUUGGGUGGCCUUGAUCCAAGGUAUAUUUAGGGUUUAGGGUUGCUUAAAUUUAAUGAAUGAAUAAAGUUUAAGUAAAUGUUGGUAGUAAAUAUUUUAUGCUUUGUAAAAAGUAGAUUGUCCCCAAAGUAUAUAUGUUACUUUAAAAAAAAAUUUGCCAGUACAUCCCAAAACAGUUACUUGUUUUAUAAGUUGUACAUUUGAAAAUCUGAAUUAAAAUGUGAGUAUGUGCAAUUAGUUUACACUUUUUGACCUUUAUUACUUGUUUUAUAUUGUUUUAGUAAAAAUGGCAUUCCUUAAAGGCAAUUUUUAUGUAGAUUUUUAAGUUUAUGUCGGUUUUUAAGUUUGAGCACUUCAGUUUUAACUAAUUUUAAUAUUUUUGAUGUAUACUCUUAAAACUGCUCAGUGGUGUAUCACUGUUUAACCAAAUAAAUUAAAUGUUAU